AUAAAAGAGGUAGAGCGUGUUUUUGGCGCCUUGUAAAUUAGCUCAGACUCCUUUUCUGCGGUUCUUGAAUCCAUUCUUUCACUCUCUUCCCAUGGCUGCUCCAUCCGAAUCAUCUCUCAUUUCGAAGCUUCAGUCCUCCGAUUCCUCCGGCAUCCACGCCCUAGUCUCCGAUUACCUCCGUCCCCUAGCAGAUCUCAAAGCGACAAAGAAAUCCAAACCCGACCCAACCCUAAUUCGCUCCCUCGCCAAGCGCUUUCUCUCCUUCCUCAACUCUUCUCUAUCCGUCCUCCCCAAACGCCUCCCGGAGCUUUCCAAGUCCAACGACGCCAUUUUGCUACUCGAACUGCUCCGCGUUUACAGGCUCUGCCUCGAUUGCUUGGACACUGUCGCUUCUCAGUUGGCUUCCAAGCCAUUCUCAGUCGAAUUCCAGAGACUUCGCUUCAUGCACUGUCUCGAGUCCUGCGCACUCUUCGCCGAAGCUGAAGUCGAGGGUUUGGGAGUUCUUGAGAGGCUUCGACAGCCGAAGAGGAAGGGCAAGCUUCUCCCUGAAAUAGACAAGGGCGGCGGAGGCAGUAAAGACUUAUGUUCGUUGAUAGUUGACAUUGCCGUGAGCCUCGUGAGGUGUGCAUCCGCGGGUUUGGCUAAAGAAGAUGGCGAUUUCAAGAAGAUUGGUGGUCGGAAUGCAAUUUUAUACUCUGAACAUGAUUUGUCCAUCCUUGUUCGUGUGCUCCCACCCUCAUUGGCAUGACGUCUCAUGGCUUCUCAGGGCAAAAAAUUCCAUCAAUUACAGCAGCGCUUGGUGUCUUAAAUUCAACAUUACAAGUGGGGUUGAUCGGUUCAAGAGACCGUUUGCACAUCUUGAGGAGCAUUAUGGGAACAGUGAACGAAACACUCCAUUGCAGAGACAACAUGUCUUCUUACCUAGAGAGAGAGUUUGUGCUCCCAAGGAUGAAAGUAAACAACAGAACAAUAUUGAAAAUGUUCCAGGGUCUGAUGCGAUAGGUUCUCAAAAUGGAACCUCCAGAUCAAACUACAGUACGCGUAGCUUGUUAAAAAGUGCUAGUAUUAGUGCUUCCAAGUGUGUAGUGGUGAAACAAAAUAAAGAUCCAGAGCAAGAGGCAAUCAAGGAGAUAAAUGAUGAGACGAUGGAUGGAGUGACAUGUUGCUGCCCUCCAUGCUUGAUUUUGAUUUUGGUGUUGCUUCGUACCUUCUUCCAUGCUCUGAUUCUUUGAACAACGAGAGAGAGGUGGUGAUGGUGGUUUGAAACACUGUUUUAAGAAGGCCAAGCAAAAGCUCCUUAACUCUGCACUCGUUUGACACAUAAACCCAUGCACGACACUUGAAGUGUUGCUUCACCUGGGUGCUGUUAUAGACCUUUC